AUGAUCCAUCUGAAUGCGAAGGCUCAACGGACUUGCGCUACGACGAGAUGGAGAGGUCUGCGGUGGAGUCGAUCUCAGCCGACAGCUAUCUCGAGCUCCUCCAGAGGAUCGUGAAUAUCAAGGAUGAUCUCGGCUUCACCACUCGUAGCUACGCCGACCUGGGUGCUUCGCACGCCGCACAGGCGUUCGUUGUGAAGGAGUUCGAAUCUAUGGGCCUGAAGAGCUGCCUGCAGAAGUUCACCUACCAGGGCAACUACCCGAUGGCCAACGUGAUUGCGGUCAUUCCCGGCACGGGUGAGGGAACGCUCACGGUGGGCGCCCACUACGACUCCCGGCCCUUCAAGGGCACCGCGCCCGGGGCGGAGGACAACGGGAGCGGCCUGGCGGCGAUGCUGUCCGUGGCCAGGGCCUUCGCGAAGGCGGGGGUGAAGCCGAAGAGGACGAUCUACUUCGUCGGCUUCGCGGGCGAGGAACCUGGUCUCGUUGGGUCCGACGUCUUCGCGAGGGAGCUCAAGGCGGGCAACCCGCUCCCCGCGGAGUGCGGCGCCGCUGGUGCGAGCAGCAGCUUCCUGCAGACGCCGCGAAAGUGGAAGGAGGACUCCGGCCACGAGGCCAUCGCCCUGGACGAGGUCGGCUGGCUCACCCCCAAGGACACCAUCGAGAACGUCACCCCAGAGUACGCCAACAAGAUAUCCAAGAUGGUGAUGGGAGCUUUGGUCCAGCUGGCGCGGAAUCCGGGGCGGCACACCGCCGCCGGUCACCCCGGCUUAGGCCCGGGCGUGCCCCUCGCGAGCUCGGCGGGCAGCGGGCACGCCAUCGCCUCGCAAAGGGCCACCCUGGAAGCAGUGCGUUGGAUCACGGGAGUGAAGGCAUGA